AUGGAUGAUUUAACACCAAUAAGUAUUCAAGGAAUGCCAAAUUACGGAGAGCUAAACCUAGAGAAUCCCGCAAUGUCUAAUCUUCCCCAAGCAGAAAAACUAAAAAUUAAAAGACCUCCUAACGCAUUUCUCCUUUUCUGUCGAGAUAAAAGGCAAGCUGCUCGCGGCGAAAAUCCUGAUUUAAAGAAUGUUGAUGUUUCUCAAGUUCUUGCUGAACAAUGGAAAAAUUUAGCGGAUACUGAAAAAUUAUACUACAAAGCUCUUGCUGCAGAGCAACAGAAAUUAUUUAAAGAAGAAAACCCUGAUUAUCGAUAUGAAAAAGCAAAAGCUAAGCAACUCAUGAAUAAAAUGAAAUUACGCCCCGAGUUUAAACAAAUAACAAAUGUUUUAGAUGUUAAAACAUUACUUGCUAUGUCCGUAGAAGAUGUGAAGGCUUAUAUGCUCUAUCUUUCGAGUCAAGUUCUUCCAACUGCAAAUCAAGCAACCGAGCAGAUCCAACAGAACUUCCAGCUUGAUAAUUUUCAAGCCAAUCAGCAGCAGCUCCCACCUUUAUAA